AGAACCGCUAGACCCAAAGUACCACACCAGUGUUACUGUGUUACAAACUUACACCGCCGCCGUCGAACUUUCCUUGUCAACAGGUUUCACAACUUUCAGUAGGGAUGGAGCAGUUCAUGCUGGACAACGCUGAGCUCUACAAGCGUCUCGUUGCUGCGUUCAAACCAAGCGCAUCCGACACCAAGUCCAAGGACGGCAGCUCCGUGGUGGCAAGCUCAGAGAUUGUGGUCAGCGCCCGCGUCCGGCCCAUGCUCGAAGAUGAAGUCACUCAGGGAUUCCCCCCAUCCGUUUACCUUCGGGGUUCUAGCAACACCGUCGACGUGCAUGAGCUCAGGAGGCCGGUGAGGGGCUUGCCAACUAUCAAUUCUUUCAACUACACCGUUGAUCGUGUGUUCGGUCCCGAGUCCACCACGGCUGAGAUCUACGAGUCCCUGGUUAAGCCGCUUGUGCCCUGGGCAUGGGGUGGAGGUGUUGGCACUAUGUUCGCAUACGGCCAGACGGGCUCGGGGAAGACCUUCACUGUCAGCGGCCUGGAGAAGCAUGUGGCCGAGACACUGAUGGACGGGUCACUGGAAGGCGAGAGAAAGGUCUACAUGUCCAUCAUUGAACUGGCAGGGCAAACAGCCUACGACCUCCUCAACGCUCGCAAGCAAAUCUCCAUCCUCGAGGAUUCGUUUGGCACCACACAGAUGGCCGGGGCGCUCGAACACCACGUCACGGAUAAGGCCUCUCUGCUCGAGUUCAUUGAAGCAGCCGCGUCCCUCCGGCGGACCGCACCAACAUUCAAGAACGAUACGUCUUCCCGUUCUCAUGCGAUCUGCCGUCUACGGUUCGAGAAUCCCCAGAUGCCCUCCGCCGAGGACGGUCUCCUCUAUCUCGUUGAUCUGGCCGGCUCCGAAGCCGCCCGUGACAAAGCCGACCAUGAUGUGAGCCGCAUGAAGGAAGCACGCGAGAUCAACACGAGCCUCUCGGUUCUGAAGGACUGUAUUCGCGGCCGGGCCCUCGCCGACGCUGAUUCGUUCGCCGGAAAAACCAGCAAGAAGCCCACCACCUACGUCCCCUUUCGCCAGAGCACCCUGACCAAGACCCUCAAACACGUCUUCGACCCAACUAGUGCCCGCAGCUGUAAGACUGUCGUCGUGGCCUGCGUCAACCCCUGCCUCGCCGAUGUGGCGGCCAGCAGGAACACUUUGCGCUACGCAGAGAUACUGCGCGUCCUCGUCCCGAGGAACAAGGUGGCCGAGUAUAGUCCGGAUGUACCGGCUACCUGGAACAACGAGCAACUCCGGGAUUGGAUAGACCGUAACUCCGGCAACCCUCCCGUCAAAUCGUCCCUGCUUGCCCCCACCGAGACCGGCGAACAGCUCCUCCGGCUGCCCACGCCAGAGUUCCUCUCCCGCUGUCUCAAGACUCCCGGCGUCUCGCCCGAACAAGCACAGGCGUUCCAGUCCAAGCUCUGGAAGAUGCACAUCGAUUCCCAACGCGGUGCCUCGAAGGCGGCCGUUACUGCUCCUGACAAGACUGCCCAGCAAGCUGAGACUGUGAGAGCUCGACCGGAGCUCCUGGACUCGAGCGCCGACCCGGACCCGGAUGCCGCAAGCAUCCCGUUCAAGCAGCGGAUCAGGCCGGGAAUGGUAGUCAGCUGGAAGCCGCCGGCGCAGUAUGCCUCGUUCUCGGUAGGCGGGAAGAGCUACGCGAUGGUGCUAUGUCCCGCCCAAGCGGUCGGAGAGAAGGUGAAGGAUGCCUUGGGGAGGCAGGUCAGCGGUGGUGGUGGGGCAGGGGAGACUUAUCUGUGCGCGAUUGUCCUGCCGGCGCUGUUACCUGGGUCGUAUGGGAUUAGUCCGUGGCGGCAGGUUGUGGUGCAGGUGGACGAGAUGGAGGCAGAGGUGUUGUUGGAGUGGGAUGAGGCGACGCGGUAUUAUUACAUGACGGUCUAGUAACUGUCUGAAAGACUUUUGAAGGAUAUCACAGGUCAUCACAAGCGAGUCGGACAUCUGGGAAUAGAUUCUGGCCCAGCCCACCUUUUCAUAUGUAUUUCCUUUCAGCUUGUCUACAAUGAGAUUUGUCGAGUGCCU